AUGAACUGUGAAAGGGACAUUCGGUUUGAACUUUUGGCGCGCCUCUGUCCAAAUUCUACCGGAGCUGACAUUAGAAGUGUGUGCACGGAGGCUGGAAUGUUUGCGAUUCGAGCUCGAAGGAAGACAGUAACAGAGAAAGACUUCCUUGAUGCAGUGAGCAAAGUCAUCAAGGGUUACCAGAAGUUCAGUGCAACUCCCAAGUACAUGGUCUACAAUUGA